UAAUAAAAAUGUUAUGACAUGAUAUCUUUUAGAAUUACCGACAACAACAGCAGCAACAUGAAUCCUGAAAACGAACUUUUAAUAAAAAGGGUUUAAUAAACCUCUUAAACUUUGUAACAAAAACUUAUAAUUAAGUAGCUUCUAGCUCUUGAAAAUAGAGCAAAAGCUACUUAAACCCCCUCAAGAAUAGAAAAAACAAUAAGCCCUGAAAAAAUUAAAUAUUUUUUUAUUAUUAAAAAUCAAUUAACAAUAAAUACACAAAAUGGCAAAUAUUAAAAUGCCAUUGAAAACGACUGAACCCCAAAUAAAUUUUAAGGCCAAAACAAAUACAAACACAUUUAGCAAACUGAAAAAACAAACAGAAUAUACCAUGAAUCAUCGAUAUCGGAGAAGAAUUAUGAAAUUUGGCUAUACACCAACAACCAGCCACAGUCAUUGGUCCCGAUGGCCAUUAUUAGUAUUUCUGGGAAUUUUAUUACAAAAUAUAUCAAUAACGCGAACAGAAUUGAUACGAGAACUAGAUGUUUCAGAGGGUGUACCCAUGGGUCAUCAAAUCGGCUAUAUAGGUGAACAAUUACCGGGUGUAGAUAGUGGACCGCCGUAUUUAAUUGUACCCGUACCGGGUAGUGGUGUCGAUACCGAUUUAGCUAUUGAUCAUACAACCGGAGAAAUAAGAACAAAAGUGCGUUUAGAUCGUGAGACCAGAGCCUCCUAUAGUUUGGUGGCCAUACCGUUGAGUGGUGAAAAUGUGCGUGUCUUAAUAAGGGUGCAUGAUGAAAACGAUAAUGCGCCCACAUUUCCGACGGCGGUUAUAAAUAUUGAAUUUCCCGAAAAUACACCGCGAGACGUUAAAAGGACGUUACAUCCGGCGCGUGAUCUCGAUCUCGGUCGUUAUAAUACUCAACGUUAUAAUAUCGUGUCGGGUAAUACGAAUAAUGCAUUUCGUUUGUCGUCGCAUCGCGAACGUGAUGGUGUUUUAUAUUUGGAUUUACAAAUCAAUGGUUUUUUGGAUCGUGAAACUACGCCCUUCUAUAGUCUGGUCAUAGAGGCCUUAGAUGGUGGCAGUCCACCCUUAAGGGGACAAAUGACUGUUAACAUAACCAUACAAGAUGUCAAUGAUAAUCAACCCAUAUUCAAUCAAAGUCGUUAUUUUGCUACAGUAGCAGAAAAUGCCACCGUAGGCACUAUGGUCUUGCAGGUCUAUGCUACAGAUGCCGAUGCUGAUGAAAAUGGUCUAGUGGAGUAUUCAAUUAAUCGAAGGCAAAGCGAUAGAGAACAAAUGUUUCGCAUAGAUCCAAAAACUGGUUGGAUUUUUGUUAAUAAGCCUUUGGAUUUUGAAACCAAGGAAUUGCAUGAAUUGGUGGUAGUGGCUAAAGAUCAUGGUGAGACUCCUUUGGAAACUACCGCCUUUGUUUCCAUAAAAGUAACCGAUGUUAAUGACAAUCAACCCACCAUUAAUGUUAUUUUCCUCAGUGAUGAUGCCACCCCCAAAAUAUCAGAAUCUGCUGAACCAGGAGAAUUUGUAGCGAGAAUAUCGGUUCAUGAUCCUGAUUCUAAAACGGAAUAUGCCAAUGUUAAUGUUACUCUUAAUGGGGGAGAUGGUCAUUUUGGUUUGACCACACGAGACAAUAUUAUAUAUUUGGUUAUAGUCAACAUGACUUUGGAUAGAGAGCUAACACCCAACUACACACUCUCCGUGGUGGCCACCGAUAAUGGCAAUCCACCUUUACAUGCCUCCAAGACUAUACAUUUGCGUGUUACCGAUAUCAAUGAUAAUGCGCCGGAAUUUGAACGCUCAGUUUAUCAGGCUAAUGUAAUGGAAAUAUCGGAUCCUGGUACCUCGGUUAUACAGGUUUAUGCUUAUGAUAGAGAUGAGGGCAAUAAUUCUGCUGUUACCUAUAGCCUACUGGAUACUCCCGAUUCUCAUUCGCAAUGGUUUGUUAUAGAUGAAUAUACAGGUUUGAUUACCACUAAAACGCAUAUUGAUUGUGAGACGGAACCGGUACCACAGCUAACAGUGGUGGCUCAUGAUAAUGGUCAUCCUCCUUUGUCGUCGACAGCUACGGUCUUGGUAACUAUACACGAUGUCAAUGAUAAUGAACCGAUUUUCGAGCAAAGUUAUUAUAAUAUAACUGUGGCAGAGAAUGAGGCGAAAGGAAGGUGUAUUUUAAAGGUAAGUUUUUCACCUAGUGUUUGUUUCUCUUUGAUUAUGAAGCUUUAAAAACAAAUUGGUAAAAUUGUGUUUUUCGUUAAAAAAAAAGCUUUUUAAAGAAUGUUUUAAACUAAGAUAGGGAGUAUUAUU